AAAAUCUUAUUCAUAAAAAUGCUCAUGAGCAACGGGAAAGGGAGGGCUUUGCGACAUAGCUUUAUCGAUCCCUUUUGCGCACGGAAGUUCGUUUCCAGUGGUAACGGAAUAAUCAUCAUGGCGGACGUCGCCUCCAAAUCGGAGUAGAAGCUUCAUCGGGAGUGAGAGUGGAAAUAAAGUCCGUGAAAGUUCAGCCCGUCUUCUCAACUCAAAAUGUAUGACCGUGCUCCUCGCGAUUUGUCCUUCAAACUUGGGUCCACCCCAAAUGUUGUAGGGCCUGGAAGCUAUGAUGCAGACUCUGUGACCAAAACCAGACUAAGACAAGAUGGCUAUGCCCCAUUCUUAUCCAUGUCAAGCAGAGAAACAUUUCUCAAUGUCAGUGAUCAGGUUGUGGCUGCACCAGGCCCUGGACAUUAUGAUGUCAACUUGCUUCAGGAUGGAGUCAAGGGCGGAGCAUCUCUAGCUAACAGAUCUAAACGAUUCGACAAGAAUGCCUCAGAGACUCCAGGUCCAGGAGCCUACCAAGUGCAUAAACAUUUGGAAACUGCUAGAUAUGCAAAAUCUGCCCCUGAAAGGGGAGCUGCAGGAAAAGGCCUUUUGAUGACAAGUCGUAUCAAGUUCCACCGCAAGCCCGAGGCCCCGUCCAUCCCGUCCCAGGGCCAAGCGUAUGGAUACGAGGAGUGUGAUGACGGAAGUCUCAAGAAGCAAGACGCGCCCAACAGAGACCAGAGUAUAGGACCAGCCUACUACAACCCCAACGUGCCUGACGGUAAAUCGACCAAAGCCUACAAAGGCGUCCACUUCGGAAAACUGUCCUCUCGUCGUAUGGACUUCUACGGCAAGGCAGGGCCCGGCCCGGGAGACUACGACCCGUUCAUCAGCACGGCCAGCAAGGCGGAGAACGCCAAUGUACAGAGUGAGGAGAACUUCAGGUACGAGUCGAGGCUGCCCCGCUACCAUGAGAUGAUCACCCGAGAUGAGGAGAAAAAGGCGAUACCUGGUCCUGGUGCUUAUGAGACAAAGAGCACCUUCCUGGCUCAAACUCCCACCUUCAACCCCGAGGGGAUAGAAAUAGAACACCCGCCGUUCUUGUCACAAGCCAAGGCCCUGGCGCGUACAACAUCAGCGGUAUGGGCGCGGAGAGCAUGCGCAAAGCUUACUUGGAGGCCACACGGAAGGGCGUGUUUGGGACAACGUCAUCGAGGGCACAGCCAAUGGCGCGAAAGGACGAGCCGGAAGUCCCGGGUCCGGCUCAUUACCAGGUGAAAGAGAAACCGUUCAAGUCUAAAUACCAACAGAUGGGCUCCAAUUUUGCUUCCGUCACAACGCGCAUGAAGGACUUGGAGCUC